CGGUCGUAAAAAAAUUUUCAACAAUCUUAGCAAUGAAAACAACCGCAGUAUACUUAAUUGUUUACGGUGUGAUAUUAGGAAUUACCUAUAGUCAUGGCUACACAUACAUUCAACCGAAUGCAGUGAACGAGGAUUUCCCUGGAGAGUGCUACGACGCGAACACGAAGAUUCACUUUAAGCCAGGCGAAACCCGCCAACGACCUGGUCUCUGCGAGACUAUGACGUGUGGACGUGAUAAUUCGAUUGUCUACUAUGGAUGUGGCGUAGCCAUAAUGGACGAUCCUAAUUGCACAAAAAUUGAGCAGGACUUCAGUAAAAGCCAUCCUGACUGCUGCGUCAAGUAUAAAUGCGAAAUUGAAGGAAAAAUAUUUUAUUUUUAGUUUUAUAAAACAGUUUUGUAUACAAAAAAAAUAAA